CAAGCAGCGGCAAUACGUACAGCAGCUCCGCAACUCGCCGCGCCGAGUCCAAGCCGACCAGUGCCAUUAUAUUCGUGUCGGUGCAAUAUAUACAACCACGGCCAAGUGUCUGUGCGUGUGUGUGUGCUUGUGUUUCCAUUUAUUGGAUAGCUGACGAAGAAAAUGAGGGCCUACUAAACUCGUGUGUGGUUACGAGUCAUUAGCGCGUGCAAAAAGAAAAGAGAGAAAAAAAGUUAGUGCGUUUCCAUACGACACAGUGUGCGUGCGAGAACGAGAAGAGGUGCGAGUAUUGCAGAGUAAAGAGGAAUUUCGCCGCUGCCGCUGCUGCUGCACAGUAGUGCGCGUAUAUAGGCACAAGACGCUAUCUCGAGCGCAUAUUGCACGCCCGCUGCUUUAUAUACAGAACCAGCAAAAUCGAGUCGAAAAUGACGUCCGCGAGGCUAGCGAUCGGCUGUCUCAGCUGGCUCUCCCUGCUGAGCGUCGGCGUCCUCGGCUUCGGCAGCGGUGCACCGCCGACGGCCUGCGAUCUCAUGAUACCCAGGCACAAGAAUCACCUGCCGCAAGAAUCGCCGCCGCCUUAUCAGCUGCUGGCGGCGCGCGGCCAGGGCAGAGUGCGCCUCAUCAUCGGCAGCCCGGACGGCAGCGGUUAUCGCGGUUUCUUCGUCACGGCCAGGGACAUCGACACGGGCGAAUACGUCGGCGAGUUCAAUAAUCUGCCGGAGUCUCAGGCCAAACACGUCGAGUGCGUACAGACGGAUCAGAGAUGGGGACAAAAGACUGCCGUGACCCAUAUCGAGCCAAAGAAUACAAAACACAAUCUCGAAUUCGAUUGGGAAGCUCCGGAAGACUACGAAGGAACUAUCGUCUUUAACUCGACCAUAGCAAGAACGUACGACGUCUUCUGGGUCGGCAUCGAGUCGCCGCGCAUAAGCGUGUCGAAGCGCUCCAUUGACAUACACUCGACGCCGGCGUCCAUAACCGUGGCCCGCUCCACCACCCCGCCCUACUUCAGUCCGACCCCCGUCAAUAAGAUGCCCGACGAGCAGGAUCCGUUCUACGAGAAUUGCGGCGAGACGAAAAAUUGCUUCGGUAUUCCGGACGGCUGCGUCGAGCAGCAGAACUGCGUGGCCGCGGUCUCCGUCCUCGUGGCCGGCGAACGCUACAUCUUCGAGCUGCGAUCGACCAAUAAUGCCAAGUACGUGGCGGUCGGACUGUCGGACGACAGAAAAAUGGGCGACGACAGCGUAGUCGAGUGCGUCGACGCCGGCGACAGAGUCAACAUGCACAUGUCUUGGAACGAUGGCUUUACGAAUACUCGAAUGGCUACGCCACCGAACACAGUCGAUUUGAUAUCGAGCUCGCUGGUCGACGGCGUGAUCAGCUGCAAAUUCUCGCGUAACAAGUUGACGCAGAUCCAAGGCCGCACCUUCAAUCUGGUGGAAAAACCGUACUUCCUGCUGCUCGCCAGGGGCCAGAAAGUGUACUCGGGCGGCAUCAGCUAUCACGACAAGCGCGAGGCCUGGGCGGAGCCCCGACUGCUGGCCAUAAUCGGCCGUAACGCGGGCGCGGGCGAUCUCCUCGUGCGCCUGCACGGCGCCCUCAUGCUGGCCGCCUGGAUCGGCACCACCUCCAUAGGCAUGCUGCUGGCGAGGUACUACAGACAGACCUGGGUCAAGUCGCAGCUCUGCGGCAACGAUCAGUGGUUCGCCUGGCAUCGAUUCUUCAUGUUCUUGACGUGGUCGAUGACGAUGGCCGCGGCCGUGCUGAUCGUCAUCGAGCUGCAGGACUGGAGCUCGGCGACUUAUCACGCCGCCACGGGCCUCGCCACGGUCGUGCUCUGCUUCAUCCAGCCGUUCAUGGCGGCGAUGAGGCCGCAUCCGGGCGCCCCGAGGCGCAUACUCUUCAACUGGCUGCACUGGUUCGUCGGCAACGCCGCGCACAUUCUCGCACUUGUUGCCAUCUUUUUCGCCGGAAGAUUGGGAAAAGCUAACCUGCCGGAAUGGAUCGAUUGGAUACUCGUUGCGUUCAUCGUUUUUCACGUUGUCACCCACUUUUUCCUCACGUUUGCCGGCUGCGCCUCCGACAAGCAAGGAAGCCAAAGGGUCAACUCUUUCCCCAUGAAGGACGUGCACGCUCGCAACUCCAUGACGCAUCCGGACUCGAGAAGGGACGCACCGCACGCGGGUUUGCGCAAGCUAACUUUUGGCAUUUACUUCGUCGUCGUGGUGCUGUUCGCAGCCGCCUACGUCGUCAUCACGAUAUUCGCGCCGAUCGAGGAGUCUUGGAAUACCUUCUACGAUCAGUAUUUGGCGGCCCAGUGAAGCGGUACAUAUGCACACUGCAGUUAUGUACUUGAAAGAGACGCCGAAAAGCCAUAACAAAACAUGGCGAUGAACAACGUCGCAGCAACUCAUUCUCGUUCCGAGACAGUAGUCUACAAUAAUAUGAACAUUUAGUUUCUUACGUGUCGGAUGUAACAGGGCCCCCGCGAAGGGGGAAUUCUUCGUUGUUUACGAAUUAUUGUCAUCGUUUAAUUAUUACUGCUAAGAUUAAUAUUAUCAUUAAGUUCGCGUGCGCGUCUGUGAAUUUUGUGGGUGGAUUUUCUGCGUGUGGUUAUCGAUGCGCGAGUGUUUUACGGCGGCUGUACUUUUUUUUCCUCGCAUUGUCACUAGAAUAUGCCCAGUGGAGAGAACCGAGCGCCCACGAGAAAGAACACAAGACACGAGCGGUAUAUCAACGCUCGGAGGGUCGCAUUCCGUAGUUUGGAAUGGAUGUAUAUAUACGGAUAGGGAGGAUCGUUGCUGGUAGGCGCGCGAGAGUGCCAUAACACUUUGUUGCUCGUUUUAUCGAGGCGUCCGUCGUCGUGCCUCGAGCCGCUUAUCUGCCUUCUGCCAACGUAGGAUUCGAAUCGUCACCGGUCGAUACUCCAAGACUGGAGAAAAUGUUCAACAUUCGAUUAACAGCUAAAUGCACGAUCUCGACCGGUAAUGUAAGAAUUGCGCGCUAUGAUAUGCUCAGAGGCCAACAAAAAACAGCCACAGAGAGCCAUAGGGCCGAUAAUAGGAACGAAAAAACUUGGAGAAAGUAUAGCUGCUUCUCGUUGGGUGAGCUUUUAAGCCUGCGUUAGCGAGCUUGCGCGCCCCUUCCCUCCUCAUACGUAUACAUACGUACACCUCCGAAAGCUUGGCUGCUGGCUUGUUGAACGCGCCUCGAAUCUCUAUGACGUAUACACUCGACAGACUCUACAUGGGCGAAAGUUUAAAGCAGCUGCUGCUGCUAGGCUAGCUAGCUAGCUAGCUGCUCUAUGUGUGUGCUUUCAGUGCUGCUGUGCUUGCGCUCGUGUAUUCUUCGGGCAUAUAUACAUAGCUCCUACUCCUCCUCCUCCUCCUCCUCCAUCCUUGGCCAUUCUCGGCGCGAUGAAUCUUAUUUUAUCGCACUUAUUACUCCCGGAGAAAGAGCGAAAGAUUGCAACUUGAACGUAUUGUGCGAAGCUUGUGCUUUUCCCCCCGCCUUUCCUACUACUACUACUUUUUUCAGCUGCUACUACUACUCUUUCUUUACUUUUUUAUAGAUAUACAUCGAGAGCAAAAUAGUCGAGCGGCAGUGGCAAUUUGAUGCACGUUGCACGCUUCUUCCUCGGCAACGAGCUUUGUAUGAUCGAGCAAAUGCUUUUCGAAUAUUAUUUCUCUCCUUUCUCGUCCUUUUUUUCGCGUCCAUUCAUUUUUUCGAGCUAUUUCAACUUUUUUACAGCCUCCGAGCACACAACUUCCCCAUGCUUCUUUUUCCUUUCUUUUUAUAUAUCGUUUGUUUAUAUGAAUGUCGAUGGAAAAAUUCGCAGGGGAGCCCUUUGUUAUCGAACGCUGGUAGCUUUUGAAAAAUGACAACACGCCGGCUCAAAUUGUUCAAUUACUGCGGUAUAUACAAAGAAUACUCGUGCGGAAUAUUGGCAUAAUUUAUAAAACUACUUAGAGUUUUACGUUUUUAUAUAGUACUUUCAAGUGCAUUUAUUUUUUAAUUAGUUAAUUACGUAGAGAGUUAAUUACGUAAAGUUAAACAAUUUUAUACUAUAGAGUAGGGACUUUUUUGUUUUUACUCGUUAGUUUUGUAUCGAAAUAGUUUUUUAAUAUGCGACAAAUGUAAUUUAGAAAAAUAGUUUUAUAGUUAUUUAGAUGAGUACGAUGUCUAUUACUUUUUAAAUACUGCUCAUUCAGUAUUAUACAUCCUUGCUGUGUGUUCACUUGUACGUGUAAAAUACCCUGGAAUAUUAUGUACCCAAGGUUACUAUAUACAUCUCAGUUAUACGACAACAUUAACUGAUUUACAAUUCAUAUAAGUCAGUGCCUUAUAACGGUAGAUUAUUAAGCCACUACUACUCGUUGUCGCCCCUUUCAUGAAUUAACAAUUAUUUUUUACCUCGAAGUGUACUUGACUAAUUCUACCGAAGCAACGAUAAAUUGUAUUAU